AUGAAAAAAAGUACUUGUUCCUUAUCUGAUAACUCAAAGACAUCAUUUUUUAAUGAUGGCAAUUAAUUAUUUACUACUUUACCAUACGAAAAUCCUCAAUUUUAAGAUCAAGGAAUUUUUUAAAUGACAUAUCAAAAAAAGAUAACUAUUGUAACAAUUUAUAUGUCAGAUACCAUUCUUAAAAUUAGUGAUGAAGUAUAUAAAGAAUUAAAUUUAGAAAUAAGAUAAAUAUAUUGAUAUUGAAAAUAUGUGUUUAAGAGGUGUAAUCAAUUAAAAAACCAAAUAAUAUGGUUUUCGAAUAAGCAAAAAUGGAUAGUAUGCAGAAUUUUUUGGAAUUCAUCUAGAAUUAUUAAAUAAAAUUAAGUUAUAUAUGAUUCAACCUGAUUUUUAAUCAAAGUACAAAGUAUUGAAUAAGUUAGGAAAUGGAUAUUUAUCUUAAGUAAGAAAUUUAAUAAAAUUAGGUUUAUAAAGUGCAAAAUAAUAUUAAUGGUUAAGAAUUUGCUGUCAAAAUAUACGAAAAAUAAAAUCUAAUUAAAAGUAAUAAUUAUGAGAGGGAGUUAUGUAUGAAUGAAAUUCGUAUUUUGAGACAAAUAGAUCAUAAAGGAUUAUUAAAAUUAUAUGAGAUUUUUGAAGGAGAACAAAAUAUAUACAUAGUUACAGAAUUAUUGGAAGGAGGACCAAUUAAAAAAUAUAUCAAUAAUUAAGAUUUAAGUGAUUAAGAGAUGAUAAAAAUUAUGAAAUCACUUUUUGUUUCUUUAAAUUAUUUACAUAAAUAGAAUAUUUAUCAUACAGAUAUUAGAUUUGAUAAUAUUUUACUUAGGGAUCCUUAGGAUCUAGAAACAGUUUGCUUUAUUAAUUUUGGAAAAGCAGUGUAAAUACCUUAAAAAAAAAGAACUUAAAAUCCUGUGACUUUUUAAGAAGAAGGAGCUCUAAAAUUUUAUAUGAAAAAAGACAUAUACUCUUUAAGUAUUAUAAUGUUAAGUAUUUUAACUAAAAAAUUUUAUUAAGAAAAUUAAUUGGUUGAUGAAUUACUAAUGAAAAACUUUAAAAAUAUCAGCUAUAUUGAGUAUAUGGAAUUAUCACCUCCAUUUUAAAGAUUUUUUGAAAUGAUAUUUACAGAGAAAUAUUAAAAAUAAAUUGAUUCUCUAAGUUGUGAGAAUAUCUUGGAACUUGAAGUGUUUAAACUUCUUAAUAAACCUAGAAAUUCGAAAAUAUUAAUUUCAUAAUAAUUAGCAAAUGUUUUUGCAAGAAGAACAAGCAAAAAUGCACCAAGAUUAUCCCAAAGGGAAAAAUUAGAAUAGUCACUUAAUAUCAUAAAACUACCUCCAAUCAAUGGAGAUUCUCCAACAUCAACAGAUAAAACAUACUCUGCGAGUCCAUAAUCAGAUCGUUUCAUUUCUAAUUAAUUAACUAAUAUUUUAAAGGCAAAACAUUUAAAUAAAAGAAAAAAUGCUUUAAAAUUAAAUAUCAUAAUAUGA